UCUGGUCUUGUCCUGGGCCACAGUAGCAUUGCCCCUUAAGGCUCCGCAUUUUGCCCUGCCAAGCCGUUGGGUACUCUGAAUUUCGACUCACUUGGAGGUCGCAAGCAGCAACGAUGGGCGUGGAGCAGGGGUUAAGCCAGGCGCAGAAAGAUUUCUACGAAUCUGAAGGGUAUUUGGUGAUACCUGAUUAUGCCUCGCCAUCAGAAUGUACUACCUUGAUUAAGAGGAUGGAUGAGCUUCUUAGGGACUUCGACCCUACCACCUUCUCCAUCUUCUCUACUACGAAUCAGAAGGCAAACAUGGAUUCAUAUUUCUACAAUAGUGCAAAUAAUAUCUCUUUCUUUUUUGAAGAGAGAGCAUUUGACGAGAACAGGAAUUUGAAGCAGCCGAAGGAAUUGUCUAUCAAUAAAGUAGGUCAUGCAAUGCAUGAUCUGGACCCUGAAUUCCGCAAGUUUUCAAGGUCAGCAAAAGUAUCGGCCAUAGCAGCCUCACUUGGGUACAGGAGACCUGCGCCCAUUCAAUCUAUGUACAUUUUCAAGCAACCAGGAAUAGGCGGAGAAGUUGUGCCGCAUCAGGACAAUACCUUCAUGUGCACCGACCCGCCAUCAGUCCUGGGCUAUUGGUGGGCACUUGAAGAUGCCACGAAAGAAAACGGUUGUCUCUGGGUAGUUCCCAAAUCUCACAAACAGGGCUUGAAAAGGAAAUUUUUAAAAGAAGGAGAUUCGGUCAGGUAUGAUGUACCACAGCCUGAAUACGAUAUGUCAACCUUUAUCCCGGUGGAAAUGAAGGCUGGUUCACUGAUUCUCCUUCAUGGAGACCUUGUACACCAAAGCUAUGAGAAUAAAUCAUCCAAACAACGACCCGCAUAUAGUAUUCAUGUUAUAGAGACUGAUGGUACCUUCUAUCCUGAGACCAACUGGCUCCAACGCCGUCCUGAUUUUCCUCUCGAACCAUUUUAUGAGAAGCCGGGUUCGCUGGCUUCAGCAUAAAUAGCUGUAAAAUGUUGGGCUGCCGUGACGCAAGCUUCCCGAUGUAAUGCAUCAGAUUUCCUCGAAAAAGGUUGAAGGUUAAUCAUGGCGAUUAGAAUCAUGUUCUACCUAGAUAAUCUUAUGGGCAAAUGUCUCAUAUGUGCCAUGUUGUGUGAUUUCUGUCUUCGAAACUCUACAAAUAAAAAUCUUUUCUAUUUCUUUUAUAA